AUGGCCGCAGCAUCGGCAGGGGAGGAGACGAGCUACGACUUGUCUGAGCCGGAGAGUUUCAUCAGCUUUCUUGAAGAUGCCGGCAUCCGCCUGGUGCGCCUCGAGUACCUCAUCGAGCUCCUUGACUCGGGGAGGCCUUUGCCACGCCGGCAAGAGGCGGAACAGGGGAGGACGAGCUUGGGACUGCCGGCACUCGUUGAGAGCAGUGAGCUGAAAGCAAUAGAGAUUGAUCCGAAUACUUUCCACAUGUCCGUGAUGAUCCGGCAUCCUGAGCCGAGACGGGUCAAAGUCCACCUCGUCUCUAUCAGCCACAUGUGGGAGAGCAUGGAGCAUCCGGAUCCCUGGAGGUUCCAGCUGGAUGCCAUCGUGGAGGAGUUCCGUCCCCGACUCCUGGAUUCUGUCGUUUGGAUCUUCUAUGACUUCGUUUCCUUGCACCAGUACAGCAGAAGCGAGGAUCAGGAGCGGCUCUUCCGUCGGGCGCUCCGCGACAUUUUUGUCUUGUACUCGCACGACGCCGUGGACGUCCAUCGGAUCGAGAUGCUGACUCCGGAGGGCGUGCGAGAAAGGUGCGUGGCAGCCCACGGAUCCAAGAUCUUCGUUUACUGGAAGGAAGAUCAGAAGAUGAUGCAGGUGCUUAUUUCUAAGCUCAAGUGGAACGAGACGCCGUACGAGCAACGAGGCUGGUGCCGCUCCGAGAGGGAGUGGUCGGCCUUGCGGACUUGGAUGAAGGGCGAGAAUCCAGUGCCGCUUCCGCCGGACAUGUUCCGGGCACGGAUGCAGCAGAUAGAAGCUUGGCGCGGGUCGUGCCGCGAGGAGUUGGGAGAAAAUUCUCGCCGAGAAGACUCUGUCUGA